GACCAGGGAAGCGUUGGACAGCCAACGACUGAGGACCUUAGUGCCCGAGCUGAGUGGCGGGACGAGGAGUGAGCAUGCACCCCGAGGUCUCAGAGCCUCAGGCGGAUGGAGCGACGGAACCCAGUCCGGAGGAGUCGGCGGGCGAUCACGGGGGCGCGGGCCCAGGGGUCCGCAAAGAAGAAAUUAAUGAGACCCAGGAAACACGUGUGGGUCCUUCUACAACAUCCUGCCAAAGUCAGAAGCAACAGAGCAGCGACCAUAGGUUAGAUUGUCGCUCAGGCUAUGCAAGAAAUGACAGGGGUGAUCGGGGCCCCAGGAUGACUAAAGAAUUCCUUCAAAAGCUCUGCAAGCAACACAAGCUGUACAUCACCCCUGCCCUGAAUGACACGCUGUAUUUACACUUUAAGGGGUUUGACCGCAUUGAGAACCUAGAAGAGUAUACAGGCCUUCGCUGCCUCUGGCUAGAGUGCAAUGGUAUCCAGAGGAUUGAGAACCUGCAGGCCCAGAGCGAGCUGCGCUGCCUCUUUCUGCAAGUGAACCUACUGCACAAGAUUGAGAAUCUGGAGCCGCUCCAGAAGCUGGAUGCCCUCAACCUGAGCAACAACUACAUCAAGACCAUUGAGAACCUCUCCUGCCUCCCUGUCCUGAACACGCUGCAAAUGGCCCACAACCGCCUGGAGACGGUGGCAGACAUUCAACACCUCAGGGAGUGUCUGCGACUCUGUGUCCUCGACCUCUCCCACAACAUGCUGAGUGACCCAGAGAUCUUGAGUGUGCUGGAGAGCAUGCCCUGUCUACGUGUGCUGAACCUGAUGGGAAACCCAGUGAUCAAACAUAUCCCUAACUACCGUAGGACGGUCACUGUUCGUUUGAAGCAACUGACUUACCUGGAUGACAGGCCGGUUUUCCCCAAGGACAGGGCAUGUGCAGAGGCGUGGGCCCGAGGGGGUUAUGCAGCUGAGAAGGAAGAACGGCAUCAGUGGGAGAGCAGGGAACACAAGAAGAUCACAGACAGCCUGGAAGCCUUGGCCAUGAUCAAGCGGCGGGCUGAGGAGCGAAAGAAGGCCAGAGACAAAGGGGAGACACCUCUGCCAGACAGUGAGGAGAGUAGUUCCACCAGCCCAGAGGCCCAGGAAAAGCCACCCCUGGGAGAAACCCAGCAGAAGAUAGAAUUGUUUGUGAAGGAGAGCUUCAAGGCCAAAGAUGAACUGUUCCCCGAGAAGCCAGGUGGAGAAGAGGAGCUGGCUGUGGUGGUGAACAGGACAAUGGAAGAUCCAGACCUGUCUGGGAGUCUGGCUCAGUCCCAGGCACCCUUGGUGGCCACUCCUGAAGAGUCCAUGUCCUCAGUGGCGGCUACUGAUGGGGCCAGAACCGAAGACACAGAGGCCAUUGCCCUGGACACCAAGGAGAGGCUUUUUAUCGAUGACCUGCCUGACUUGGAAGAUGUUGAUGGCAUGGACAUGUCUAUGGAAGACCAGACAAAGGAAACAGGCAUCCCGAAAAUCCAGGUUGUUUCCAGCUUGAGUGAUGACAGUGACCCUGAAGUGAAUGACUCUUCUCUCCCCAUGCUUGAGCACACUCCCACAGGCUCUACAGGUGUCCUCUCAAACAUAUUUGCAGUCUUCAAGGACUCCUCCAAGGCAGCCAGGGUGCCUCUCACAGACAUAUGUAAGCCAACAGCAACAACAGAAUUGGAAAGCCAAGGUCAAGUCUUCAGCACCACCCCUCCACGACCCCUCAUCCAGGAGCUGGAAGAGGAUGGGAGGGGAGAGAAUGAAUCUAACCAGUCACCACCUGCCCACUUUAGUGAAGAUGGAGACAGCCAGCUGCCUGAAGCCACCCUACUAGGAGACAGAGCUGAGAAUGAAGUACAGUCUUCGUUGGACCUGGGGGAGCCCAGCCCCAGGGCAAGCCUGGAAGAUAUUGAAUUUGGCUUGGACUGAACCCCAAGGCAGUCUACAGUUAGACUAGCAGUGGUGAGGUGGAGGCUAGCAGUGGUGAGGUGGACGCAGGGCACUCUUUCCUGUGUACCACAGCUGGUGCACUUUGGGACCCUGUACAGCAUGUGCUCUGCAGCCACAGCUGUGUGCCUUGUACCCAAUGCAUCCGUUUCCCUGGUUACAGACCCCAUGAUUACAUAAAUACUUUAAGACCCACACAAGUCAGCAUGUUACUGGGAUGCCAGUCAGAUUCCAUUGGGAUGAGACCAGAGACUCCACCCCACGCCACUACGCUGUCAAAUGUGUGUACAUCCCCAAGAGUAGGGCUUUACACAUCAGACCUGGAAAGGUCCACAGAGACACCAUCUUCUCAGCUCAUAUGACCAUCCAGCUUGUGGCCAGUGGACAGGUUUAUUCAGUCCCUGAGCCAGAGCCAAAGUACCAACUCCUACAGAGCCCAUGUGGACUAUCACACAAACAGUCCCCAACAGCAGCUGCCGACCCACAUUGUGCCACCACAGGAGGCCAUUUCCUUUGAGGGCAGGAGGCUAACACUGACACACAGGCUCUACUUUCCAGCAACUCCGCUGCAAUGAGACACAGGGGGAGGCUCUGCCCUGGGAAGUGUAUCCAGAUCCCCAGGCCACAGGAGCUGCCCCUUGGCCAUGGCUGCUCAGAGCUUCUGUGGCAUGGAUCCUGACUUCUGUUCCAUGUACCCCUGAAAAUAGCAGUGUGUGACAACCCACACUGGACAAGUGGAGGACUAAGGACCCAUGGGGUCCCCACAUCAGUGACCCUGAGGCAGCCUCUGCAGCCAGCACUCUGGAAUAACCUGCUA